AUGCAGAGGCUCCAUCUUCUCUGUCUCAGUCUCCUGGUGCUGGGAUGUAUUCUGGAUGCACGUAGCGGGAAGUACGACUGCUGCCUGCUCAGGACAGAGAUGCCCAUCCCACGGUGAAGAGUGAGGGAUUAUCAGUUCCAGCUGGAGCAGAAUGGUUGUGGCUUCCCGGCUGUUGUGUUCAUCACCAUCAAGGGGAAACCCAUAUGUGCCCCAAUAGAGUCCCCAUGGGCGGUUCGUCUGCAAGAGAGGCUGGAUGCCAGGAAGCUUGGGGUUUGCAGCUUGUACAUCUUCAUGGGAAGAGCUUGCAACGUGUUUGAUGGGUACUUCAUUGCCACGGCUUGA